GGGUACGACCAGAUGUAACCAACGGUAACCUGACCGGGAGCAGUUUGGCACGCUGCUCUGAAGGCACUGACUUGAUGAGGCAUGAAUCUGCAGCAACUGAUCACGUACGGAUAACAUGACAUGUGACUGGAGUUCCUCUUCAGCCACUUUACCCAGUAAUUACCUGAGUGAUGUUUAGUCAUGGACCCGAGGAGCAGCCAGUCUGGAAGCUGCAUCAGGACAGUAAUCACGCAGAUGGAGUUCUCGCUGAAUUGCACAUUCAUUCAGGCGUCCCUGUCCAAGCUGAAUGUGACCAAGACGGAGAGAGACCGGAGGAUUCAGAUCAUGGCUGUGGCCGGUUGCCCCGAUUACUUUCUACACCAUCCAAAUUACCAGCAGGACAAGGUAGACCAAACCACCAAUCACAACCCAGCAGAGCUGAUCGGGCCAAGUUUCCAGCCGUCUACCAAUCACAAACCAGCAGAUCUAAUUGGACCACGUUUCCAGCCGUCUAACAAUCGGAACUCCCCGAACCAUCAAGAUGACGAUGUGGAUCUGGAGGCGCUGGUGAAUGACAUGAACUCUUCCUUCGAGAGCCUAUACACCACAUGCAGCCUGCUGACUGACUCCACCCCCUUACUGCAGAACGGCCAAUCGCAGCGCCCAGCCGCGACCACAGAGGCCUGCACGCUGCAGUCUGUGUCGCCCAAACAAAAUCUGCGAAGGUCCCAGCCAAUGCACAUCCUUGCCUUCAGGAGACUGCAGGAGGAGGAGGAGCAGCUAAGGACCUCCUCCCUGCCAGCCAUCCCUAACCCCUUCCCAGAGCUGUGCAGUCCAGCCAGCUCCCCUGUCCUCAGCCCCGGGUCCCUCCCACCCUGCCCACCCUCCUCUGGAAAACACGUGACACGGUAUUGUGUGUUCCAGGUGAUAAGGUAUUGUGUGUUCCAGGUGAUAAGGUACUGUGUAUUUCAGGUGAUAAGGAUCAGCAGUGAGGAUGGGAUGGGGAAGGCCUAUUGUGUGUUCCAGGUGAUAAGGUACUGUGUAUUUCAGGUGAUAAGGAUCAGCAGUGAGGAUGGGAUGGGGAAGGCCCUAGAGAUCCCAGUGGACAUGACAGCCAGAGACCUGUGUCAGCUGCUUGUCUACAGGAGCCACUGUGUGGACGAUAACAGCUGGACCCUGGUGGAGCACCACCCUCUACAGGGGCUAGAAAGGUGUCUUGAAGACCAUGAACUGGUGGUCCAUGUCCAGGCCUCCAUGUCUGGAGAUGGCGGCAGACUGCUCUUCAGGAAGAACUACGCCAAAUAUGAAUUCUUUAGAAAUCCCUUGACCUUUUUCCCUGAGAGCAUGGUUGCCUGGUGCCAGGAAAGCAAUGGUACGAUUCCACCAUCUCAACUCUUACAGAACCUCCUGGCGCCCAACAGCUGUCCGGAGAUCCAGGGCUUCCUGUUCGUCAAGGAGCUUAGCAGGAAGUCCUGGAAGAAGCUCUACGUGUUCCUGCGUCGCUCUGGCCUCUACAUCUCCACCAAGGGAGUGUCCAAGGAGCCAAGACAUCUGCAGCUGCUGGCAGACCUGGAGGACAACAACCUGUUCACCGUCACCGCUGGUAGGAAGCUUCACUGUGCUCCAACAGACUACCAGUUCUGCAUCAAGCCCAGUAAAGGCGGCUGUGAGGGGCGGGAGCUGCGGAUACUGUGUGCAGAAGACGAGCAGAGCCGUACUUCCUGGAUGACCGCCUUCCGGCUCUUCAAGUAUGGAAUCGUUUUGUAUCAAAACUACAAGAUCCCACAGCAGAGAAAAAACUUGCUGUUCACAGGACCAAUGCGGAGCGUAUCCGAAAACUCCCUGGUGGCCAUGGACUUCUCUGGGCGUAUCGGCCGUGUGAUCGAGAACCCAGUGGAGGCCCAGAGUGCUGCGCUGGAGGAGGCACAUGCCUGGAGGAAGAAAAGUCAAAGACUGAACACAGCCAAUCCAAGCCCCUUACAUCAUUCAUCCUUAAGCUCAGUGAUUCACAGCACCCAGCUGUGGUUCCAUGGCAGGAUCACACGUGAGGAGUCCCACAGGAUGGUGUACCAGCAAGGCCAGGUGGACGGGCUGUUCCUGCUGAGGGUCAGUCAGAGCAAUCCCAAGGCAUUCGUCCUCACUCUGUGCCAUCACCAGAAGAUCAAACAUUUCCAGAUUUUGACGUGUGAAGAGGAGGGACAAGUGUUCUUCAGCCUUGACGACGCCGCCACCAAGUUCACUGACCUCAUCCAGCUGGUAGAGUUUUACCAGCUCAACAGAGGAGUCCUGCCUUGCAAACUCAAACACCCAUGCACCCUUGUGGCCUUAUGACCCUUGACCUCUGACCUCCAACCUCGGACUUGACCUGAAAACAAGUGACAGUUGUUUUUUGUGUCCUUGAGAAGCAGAAGCUGGAGAACAAACUCAUGUAAGAGCAGCCAACAUGGUUCUGUCCCUGGGAGAGGCUCUACGUCAACAGAAUGGAUUCAUUUGUUGUGUUUGUAUCCAUAAUCGUCAGUUUGGUAUUCGGUCAAAACUGUUUUGUUUGUCAUCGAACAAUUGCCGUCAUUUAAAAAAAUAUAGUUUUUAGAUAGUCCAACCAAUUAGAUCUCUGCACUUGGAAUAGCCUUACUUCCAGUACUGUAUCCGAGUCCUUUGUUCCUGUUAUUAAUUGUGUUGUAGAGCAUGAGCUACGGUACAAGGCAGGGCCUGAACUCUGGGCGCAGACAAAACGACUGCUCACACUAGGACACAAACAAUACGGAUUAACUUGAUUUUCAUUGGAACUUGUCCAUCAAAAGCCUAAAUGUGCUUUUAGGUUUACUAAUUAUGUUCAUCUAAAAACCAGGUGUGAAAUCUCCUUUGAUUGACUGUCGGUGUGUUUAAAGGGGCGGCCUCUAUACAAGCUGCUGUGAAGGUGAUCCUAAAUGUACACUUUGUUAACACUCCUGUUUUUAUAGUGAUAGUGUGGGCAUAUAUAUUCAAAUGAUAUGGCACAGUAUUUUCAUCGUUUUGAGUUAUUUUUAUCAUGUGGAUGGCCCUUAAAACAAGUGGUAGAACUGAAGAACACAGCUGUGAACCUGUGAACUGGAGGAAGAUUGAUGAAUCACACUGGGGACCUCCACCAGGGGACCUCCACCAGGGCACCUCCACCAGGGGACCUCCACCAGGGGACCUCCACCAGGGGACCUCCACCAGGGGACCUCCACCAGGGCACCUCCACCAGGGGACCUCCACCAGGGGACCUCCACCAGGGCACCUCCACCAGGGGACCUCCACCAGGGGACCUCCACCAGGGGACCUCCACCAGGAUAAUGGACGCCAUACUCCCUGCGACGCUGCUCAAGUGUCAAACACUCAGUUUGAACUUCCUGUCCGUAUUCCAGAUUAUCAGAUGGAACCCAGAAAGGCUGACAUGGUUCUAGAGGCUGGAAAUCUGUGGUAGAGCUUGGAACCACAUCUCCUACUGUGAGUGGACAUUCUGGACAGAAGUGGAACCUUCCUCCUCUGCUUUGACUGGUGACCCAGUGACCUGUGACCCCUGUGUGGGCCCCCUCAGAUGGAGAUCCUACCAGUGUGCCUCCAGAAACAUUACAAUGAACAGGUUAGAAGUUGUGCUCCCAGAUCUGAUUUAAAACUCUCAGACUGAUAUGAUAGUCUAUAUGUAUACACACACAGUGUAGGUGUAUAUAGAGAGCGAGAUACAGACACAUUUGGCCUGAAUCUGGUUUAUUGGUAAAUCCUUCAAGAGAUUUUCAAAACAAAUGUUUUACCUGUGAUGCAACUUUGAGAGAGAGCCAUUUUUAUGUAUUUUAGUUUCAGAGACGGUCUGUACCAGCACCAUUAUAAGAUGCAAUGACUCAGCCAUUUAACUAUUGUUUCAGCAACAUGUAUUUAUUUAUCAAGAUGUGAGUGAUUACUUGAAAUGUAGUACUUUUAUCAGCGCUGUUUCUUUCUGUCAGUUUUGUUCUCCUCUUUACUUUCUUGACCAUGAAAUGAAACAUAUUUUUUCACAGCUUUAUCUUUGAAUAUAUCAUUUUCACUUUCUAUCUGAUGUUUGUGAACUUGUCACUUUCAGUUUUUACAAUGUUUUAACCCUUGCUUUUUCUGUUGUUGUGGUCUUCAUUCCACCCAGGUGACAGAAGAAUUGAGGUUCCCUUAUAUUAAAUAAGGUUCUCUUAUUUAAUUUGUGCUUUGCCACACACACAUAGUAUUGUAUGCAUGUAUGUGCUUAUCCUGCAACAUUGAAGAUCAGUGUUGCUGUGUAGGCUUACAGUAUUGCUAUGGACAAGUACAAUCACUGAUCUCAUUUGGUCACAUGCACAUAGUGUCUGAUUCUAAAUCAGUGGAAUCGUCGUCUGUAGUAGAAAGUUAAAUGAAUGUCACUGGACUGCUCGGGGUCAUCGUAGGUGACUGGUGGCAUGUAUAUUUGGGAGUUGUGAGUUAUCUUUUGUCCUGUCAAGAUGCUGCCCUUGGCAACAAUAGCAGCCCGUGGAAACCAAUAAAAUGUUUGACCUUGGGUAGACGGUGACAUUCAGAAGCAGUUUAGCAGGUUUCUGCAGACUGCUCAGUAGCAGCGCUUCAGUACAGUGAGUGCAGUUAGCCAGACUCAGGGCAGCCGGCUGCAGGCAGACUCCUGGUGGAUGUGUCGCACAGCCAGCCGGCUGCAGGCAGACUCCUGGUGGAUGUGUCACACAGCCAGCCGGCUGCAUCUCCCCACCCUCAUCUCCCCACCCUCAUCUUCUCUCCACCCUCAUCUCCUCCCCACCCUCAUCUCCUCCCCAC